GUAAGGAUUCCCAAAGGGUGAGGUGGGGCCCAAUUGCUGUUUGUCUGGUGGGUUUAGAGGCACUGCACGCCCUUUCAUGCCCCAUCGCUGCCUCUUUACUAGACCGAUGUGAGAUAGGACCACAACCUCAACCACUCCUAUAAGAACCCCCCAUCCCUCACUCACUCACUCACAACACAACUCAACUUCAAAGCUUCAAAGCUUCAAAGCGUCAACAAACCUUAAAACAAAGGAUAACCCUACAAAAAUGAAGAUGGCUAGUCCUAGCAUGGGAGGUUCAAAGAGAAGGCUCUCAAGCAGAGGGCUUGGAGGAGCCCUCAGGGAACAAAGGGCAAGGCUAUACAUAAUCAGAAGGUGUGUGGUCAUGCUCCUCUGCUGGCAUGACUAG